UUUAUGCUUAUUGUUUGCUAGAACAUACUAAUAGAGGAAUGGUCGCUCUAGAUUUGUAGCCAAUGGUCUUCUGAAUUGAAUUAUACGGAUAAUACAUGAAAUGAUCCCUGGUAUAUUAUGAAAGGGAUGUAGCCACUUAGAGAUGAAUGGCGCUAGUGUGAAAGUCAAGACGGUCCCAACAUGACCAGUUGUGUUGGAUUUAUGAACCUGGGUGCUGUGAAACAGGACUCCAUUGAGGCACACACAUUGGUGCUAUGAGGCUCCCAUCAGCCACUGUGGAAGGCUGACUGGACUGUGUCCCGUGUGCUGAUCAAAAUGGCUAUCAUGAGACAGUUUGGACUACUGGUGUGGAAAAACUAUCUCCAGCAGAAACGUCAAAUCCUGGUAACUCUGGUGGAGAUACUCCUGCCCUUGCUCUUCUCCGGUAUCCUCAUUGUACUGCGUCAGAAGGUGCCUUUUAAGGACUACCCGAAUGCCACGGUCUAUGAGAGCUACACUGUCGAUAAACUACCCAAGACGUUCUUGCAACACUUACAGCUGGCCUAUGUGCCCGGGAACUCCAGUGUGGUGCGUCACGUGGCAGAGGACGUGCGAGGCAGCCUGUUCCUCUCCUCAGUUCGUGGCUUUGAAACAGAAGAGCAGUUUGAGGACUACGUGAGAAAUGAUGCUCUGUCAAGAAAGCUGCUGGCUGCUGUGGUGUUUGAGCACCCUUUCAGCCAUGAUGAUGAAUCUCUGCCCCUAAAGGUGAGCUACCACCUGCGAUUCUCCUUCACCCCACGCAAUGCCCCACCCAAGGAGAAGUCGGAGCUGAACCCGAACAGUGACCUGGACUGGCACACGCUAAGCCUCUAUCCCCUUUUUCAACUGCCAGGGCCGAGAGAGCAGUAUGACAAGGAGGGGGGCACGCCAGGUUAUUUCCGAGAGGGUUUUCUGGCGGUGCAGCAUGCAGUGGACCGAGCCAUCAUGCGCUCUUACAACAGAACUGCUGCUGCCUCUCUGCUGCGACAGAUCAGAGUGGUCCUGUCACGGUUCCCUUACCCUGCCUUUAUAUAUGACGUCUUCAUCCUGGCCAUUCAGAACCAGCUGCCCCUAGUACUAGUGCUCAGCUUCACUUACACCUCCCUCAACAUAGUUCGAGCCGUGGUACAGGAAAAGGAAAGGAAGCUCAAGGAGUACAUGAGAAUGAUGGGCCUCAGCAACUGGCUCCACUGGAGCGCCUGGUUCCUCAUGUUCUUCCUCUUCCUCUCCAUUUCAGUUUUUUUUGUUACUCUGCUGCUUUGUAUCCAAGUGAGCCCUAACGGAGCAGUGCUGACCUACAGUGACCCAACGCUGGUCUUUGUCUUCCUGCUCCUCUUCACUGUGGCCACCAUCAACUUCAGCUUCAUGAUCAGUGCCUUCUUCUCACGAGCCAAUGUGGCGGCAGCAGCGGGCGGCUUCAUUUAUUUUCUGAGCUACCUGCCUUAUUUGUUCCUGUGGCCACGCUACGACUUACUGAGCCAUACCCAGAAGGUGUCAGCCUGCCUUAUCUCCAACGUGGCCAUGGCCAUGGGUGCUCAGCUCAUAGGAAUGUUUGAAGGCAAAGGUACAGGAAUCCAGUGGUCUAACUUGUUUGACUCUGUGACGGUGGAUGAUGACUUCUCCCUGGCCCAGGUUUUGAGCUUGCUGCUGUUUGACUCUUUGCUUUAUGGGCUAGUAGCCUGGUACAUGGAGGCAGUUUUUCCUGGGGAGUACGGAGUGCCUCUACCAUCCUACUUCUUUGUACUGCCUUCAUACUGGUGCAGCAGCCCUCGCAUGGCUUUGGUGAAUGAGAAGGAGGAGGAGGAGGAUGCAGAAAAGGCUCUGAAAGGAGAAUUUAUUGAGGAGGAGCCAGGUGGACUAGUCUCUGGGAUCAAGAUUAAACACCUUGUUAAGGACUUCAAAGUGGGGAGCAAGACACGGAAAGCAGUGCGGGAUCUCACGCUGAACAUGUUUGAAGGACAGAUCACGGUGCUGCUAGGACACAAUGGUGCUGGGAAGACCACAACACUGUCCAUGCUGACAGGUCUUUUUCCUCCCACCAGUGGAAGGGCUUAUAUCAAUGGUUAUGACAUCUGUCAGGACAUGGCUCUGAUCCGCCGAAGUCUUGGACUUUGUCCUCAGCAUGACGUACUGUUUGAUAACCUUACAGUCAGAGAGCACCUGCUCUUCUACGCACAGUUGAAAGGCUACUCCAAAGACAAGAUUCCAGACGAGGUGGACCGAAUCAUCCGUAUCCUGAACCUUGAGGACAAGCGGCAGGCUCGUUCCAAGACUCUCUCUGGUGGCAUGAAGAGAAAACUCUCUAUUGGCAUUGCCCUCAUUGGAGACUCCAAGAUUGUAAUGUUAGAUGAGCCAACAUCGGGAAUGGACCCAUCGGCUCGACGUGCCACCUGGGACCUUCUGCAAGGGGAGAAACGUGGUCGCACCAUUCUGCUCACCACACACUUUAUGGACGAGGCUGACCUACUCGGUGACCGCAUCGCCAUCAUGGCAGGAGGAGAGCUGCAGUGCUGUGGGUCACCGCUCUUCCUUAAGAACAAAUAUGGUGCUGGCUACCACAUGGUGAUAGUAAAGGACGCUCUUUGUAACGUGUCAGAGAUCACGCGCCUUGUACAUAUGUAUGUUCCUAAUGCCACAUUGGAGAGCAGCGCCGGAGCCGAGCUCUCUUACAUUUUGCCCAAAGAAAGCACCAGCAGGUUUGAGCUGCUAUUUGCUGAGCUGGAGAUGAACAGAGAGGAACUCGGCAUUGCCAGCUAUGGAGCUUCUGUAACCACUAUGGAAGAGGUUUUCCUGAGAGUAGGAAAGUUGGUGGAUUCUAGUUUGGACAUCCAGGCUAUCCAGCUGCCUGCCCUGCAGUACCAACAUGAGAGACGGUCCCAUGACUGGACCACAGAUGACACCAGCAGCAUCAGCGGCAUGACCGAUGUCACAGACUUCACAGACAGUGGCACACUCAUCUCAGAGGAUUGCUCCAACAUCAAACUGAACACGGGGGUCCGACUGCACCUGCAACAGUUUUAUGCCAUGUUCCUGAAGAGGGCGUUGUACAGCUGGAGAAACUGGAAGGUGAUGGUGGCUCAGUUCCUGGUUCCUUUGGUCUUCACUGUUGUGGCCUUAGUUGUGGCACGCACCUUUCCCAAUCACCAGGAUGCUCCUCAGCUGAGGCUCGCACUCAGUCGCUACGGUCCCACCAGGGUCCCUUGGGCUCUGCAGCCUGGGGCUGGUCCCCUGACCUCUGCCCUGGCAAAUGCAUACAGUUCACAGCUCUCUGCACAGCUAGGCCAACUCAUCAAUGUCACUGACUUUACUGAUUACAUCCUGACCCAGGCAGAGGAAGAGGGCGGCAGCUUUAACGAGCGCUGUGUGGUGGGUGCUGCUUUCCGUGGCCGCAGCCAGUAUACUGAAGCAACAGCCUACUUCAACAAUGAGGGCUACCAUACACCUGCCACAGCUCUCAUGAUGGUGGACAAUGCUCUGUUCAAACUUCUAGCAGGACCGAAUGCUUCCAUCCAGACGGGCAAUUACCCCAUGCCACGCAACCUGUCUGAGAUUGCCCAGAGCCAGCUCACAGAGGGUAAGACCGGCUUUGCCAUCGCCAUCAACCUGAUGUACGGUAUGGCCUCCCUGUCCAGCACCUUUGCCCUGCUGCUUGUUACAGAGUCCUCUAUUAAGUCCAAGCAUGUGCAGCAGGUCAGCGGCGUCUACUUGUCAAACUUCUGGUUUUCAGCCCUGCUGUGGGACCUGGUCAACUUCCUGCUGCCCUGUCUCCUCAUGUUGGUGGUAUUCCAGGCGUUUGGAGUCAAGGCUUUUGUACAGGAUAACCACCUGGUAGAUGUGUUACUGUUACUGCUGCUCUAUGGCUGGGCUGUUGUGCCUCUUAUGUACCUACUCAGCUUUUUCUUCUCCACUGCUGCUACUGCCUACACUCGCCUCACCAUCUUCAACAUGAUCUCUGGCACGGCCACCUUUCUGGCUGUCACCAUCAUGACCAUCCCAGAGUUGAACUUACAGGACCUGUCGCACUUACUGGAUAAGGUGUUCCUGAUUUUCCCAAACUACUGCCUUGGAAUGUCCUUCAGCCAGUUCUACCAGAACUACGAAUUCAUCUCAUUUUGUACCUCCAGUUCUAUCAGCCAGGCAGUCUGCAAGUACCUAAAUAUCACAUACCAGCCAAACUACUUCUCAAUGUCGGAGCCCGGUGUGGGACGCUUCCUUGUGGCCUUUUCAGUUCAGGGAGUGGUCUUCAUUAUUCUGCUGUUUGUCAUCGAGCUGCAGUGUGUCCGCACUCUCUGGCGACUCCUAACCUCCCUGGGUAGAGGACGCAAACAGUUACCUCUAAUAGAGGAUGCAGCGCUCCUCCCAGAGGACAGAGAUGUGGCCGAAGAGAGGAAGAGGGUCCUGGAGUGCCAGCCGAUAGUAGAGUCUAUGGUCGGGAGCCCCCUCAUACUGCAGGAGCUCAGCAAGGUGUAUAGCAGCGGGGCAAAUCUUUUGGCUGUGGACAGGCUUUCUCUAGCCGUGGGAAAAGGGGAGUGUUUUGGCCUCCUGGGCUUCAAUGGAGCAGGGAAGACCACAACUUUUAAGAUGCUGACAGGUGAUGAGAGUGUUACCUCCGGGGACGCUUACAUUGAUGGAUACAGCAUCUUGAGGGACAUUAAGAAGGUGCAGCAGCGCAUUGGUUACUGUCCUCAGUUUGACGCCAUAUUGGACCAUAUGACAGGAAGAGAAACUCUGAGUAUGUAUGCCCGGCUCAGAGGAAUACCAGAGAGGUAUGUGUCUGGCUGCGUGGAGAAUGUCCUGAGGUCGCUGCUGCUGGAGCCUCAUGCAGAUAAACUGGUCCGCAGCUACAGUGGUGGUAACAAGCGGAAGCUGAGUGCAGGCAUGGCCCUGAUUGGUGGGCCUCCGGUCAUCUUCCUGGAUGAACCUUCAACUGGGAUGGACCCUGUGGCCAGAAGGCUGCUGUGGGAUGCUGUUACACGCACACGGGAGUCUGGCAAGGCCAUAAUCAUCACUUCUCAUAGUAUGGAGGAGUGUGAGGCCCUGUGUACCAGGCUGGCAGUGAUGGUCAACGGUCAGAUCAAAUGCCUCGGGAGUCCCCAACACCUGAAGAGCAAGUUUGGCAGUGGCUACACCCUGCUGGCUAAAGUGCACAUAGAGACCGAGCUUGAGGACAGCGACCUGCAGCUAUUUAAAGACUUCAUUGAAAGCACCUUUCCAGGAAGUCAACUAAAGGAUGAACACCAGGGAAUGGUGCAUUAUCAUUUGACUGACAAAACACUGACCUGGGCCCAGGUGUUUGGUACUUUGGAGGCAGCCAAGGAGAAGUACCACAUUGAAGACUACUGUGUGAGCCAGAUAUCACUGGAGCAGGUGUUCCUCAGCUUUGCCCAGUUCCAGCACUGCACAGACAGUUGGAGGAAAUAGGUGGAGUAAGGAGUCCGCCCGUCCAUUGUCCAUUUUCUACAGUGUGUGUGUGUGUGUGUACGUGUAUAGGACCUGUGUAUAUGGACUCGUCUUGGUUACACGGCAGUUAUGUACAGAGCGCAGUUUAUCUCCAGGUCCAUUUUUACCCUGACCAACAACACACAGAAACACACACACACACUCACACACACACACACACACACACACACACACACACACAUGCUGGGCCAGUCCCCAAACAUAAAUUUCAGCAUUUCUACUACUGUAUCCCGUUGAUGUGUCUUUGUUAGGUCAUUCAUGCCGUUGUUGUUGUUGUUGUUGUGUGAUAAGAAAGUAGGAAGAUUGGGAUUAUGACAAGUGGGGACGUUGUUUAUACCAAGUAAUGAACUGCACCUUUUAGUGAGGUCCAAGACAGUGACACCACUCAUUAGAUACUACCACUCCUGUGACUUGUGUGUCACAGGGUUGUUUGUGUGAGCGCAGCUUGUCUUUUUGUUAUUUAUGAUUUUAUUUUAUGACUUGAUAAUGUUUGCAAGAAAUUGUACUUUGUUUUGUUGAGCAUCAAUCAUCACAAGAGAUAAACCACUCUCUAUUUGAUAUGUUUAUGAAAUUGUUGCACACCUUUGCGCCGAAUCUAACUAUGGAAGGUUCUUGUUUCUUUACAUUGCCCUAUACAAAAUGUUGUUGACAGAUGUUAAUAAUGUGGCUUGUUCAUGGUCCUAAAACCACUUACUCAUUCAGACCAGAGCAGAACUUUUAUUCUUUUAAAGACUGUUUUUGGUUUAUUAACGAAUGCAUGCAUAAAAUACGACUUAACCGAGCGCAUGAUUCUGGGAACAGUGGAAGACCGUCCUUUUUGCUUAGGAUUAAUCCUCAGAGUACAUUUAGUCCAGUCUGAGUACAUUUAGUAAGCAUCCAUUGCUCAGCUCUUACGAACCAAUGAUUCUAUUUUUGCUGCCAAACAAGUUAAAGCAACAGUUUAUAUCCAGCCAUUACAGUGUACGUGCAAGCUGUUUAGAACGAAUCAUUGUGUGACGCCGGUGCUGCUGUUGCAGUAAAACAGCAGGUCUUGACUUCUAAUUGUAUCACACUGCAUAUGAUUGAAUUGAACCUACAACAGUAAGACUGCAAUGACCUUUGUGGUGUUUUUGAACAUUUUUUUUCUUUUUUCUUUUUUUUUUUUUUUCCUGCAGCUUUGCA